AUGAAAGUUGCAGUUUGUAUCCUAAUUGCUUUCAUUGGCCUAGCCAACGGUACAUAUGAAGUAGUUGGCAAUGGAGGCUCUGAAUGGGUCAGUGGGGGUUCUGGUUCUGAAUGGGGAGGCUCUGGAUGGGGCAAGCGAGGUUCUGGAUCUGAAAGGGAAGGCUCUGGAGGAUGGGGCAAAGGAGGUUCUGGAUCUGGAUGGGGAGGUUCUGGAUGGGGCAAGAGAGGUUCUGGAUCUGAAUGGGGAGGCUCUGGCUGGGGCAAAGAAGGUUCUGGAUCUGGAUUGGAAAAUGGAGGCUCUGGAUAUGGUAGUAACAUAGUAAUUGUAGGAAAUGGUGGUUACGGAGGCUCUGGAUCUAGAUGGGGUAAAGAAGGUUCAGGAGACAGAGGUUACGGAGGUAACGGAGGCUAUGGAUCAGGAUGGGUCAGUGGAGGCUCUGGUUCUGGAUGGGACAAAGGAGGUUCAGGAUAUGAAGGCUCUCGAUCCGGAUGGGUCAAUGUCGGCUCUGGAUCCGGAUGGGACAAUGGAGGUUCUGGAUCUGGAUGGGGCAAAGGAAGUUCAGGAUACGGUGGCUAUGGAGGCAUUGGAUCCGAAUGGGUCAGUGGAGGUUCUGGUUCUGGAUGGGGCAAAGGCGGUUCAGGAUAUGGAGGUUAUGGAGACUCUGGAUAUGGUAGUAACAUGGUUGUUGUAAACGGAGGAAAUGGAGGUUAUGAAGGCUAUGGAUCUGGAUGGGGUAAAGGAGGUUCCGGAGGUUCCGGAUAUGAAGCAUAUGGUGGCUUUGGAUCCGGAUGGGUCAGUGGAGGCUCUGGAUCUGGAUGGGGUAAAGGAGGUUCAGGAUAUGGAGGUUAUGGAGGCUCUGGAUGGGGCAAUGGAGGCUCUGGAUCUGGAUGGGUCAGUGGAGGAUAUGGAUCUGGAUGGGGCAAAGGAGGCUCUGGAUCUGGAUGGGUUAGUGGAGGCUCUAGAUCAGGAUGGGGCAAAGGAGGCUCAUCAGACUAUGGAUAUGGAGGUAACAUUUAA